CCGGUGUGUUUAUCAUGUCCUUUGGGGUCUUAAGAAAUUGCGUCACUAGGAAGAUUAAAGUAAUAGCUUUACCUAUACGGUCCGUCCCGGUGGAGAUGCCCUGCUCAAAUGCUUCACAUGCGUUUCUGUUAAAGGAAUAUGGCCGCCACCUUGUAUUCAGUUUUAACUAUAGCGUUGCUAUUCUGUCGAGUUACUCCUGGAUCAACUUCUUGUUUACCCGGCUGCUCUUGCACAAAUGACAACUUGGGAAGAUCCCUACUUUGCAUGGAAACAGCCAUGGGACGAAUCCCAGACAAUGUUCCAAAUGAUUUCAGUAAAAUUCGAAUAGAGAAUUCUCAUCUGACCGAAUUACCCCGCGGCUCCUUCUCUAAAGUUAGUGCCUUGGUGUCUCUGUGGUUGAAUUUCAACGACAUCACCCUAAUGAACAUCAAGAGUCUGGAGGGGCUGACGAAUCUAACCGAACUACGGCUACAGGGGAAUAAGCUGCGUUCAGUCCCAUGGACAGCGUUCCAGGAUACCCCGAACCUGAAGAUUUUGGACCUGAAACAUAACCGACUAGACGUUCUCCCGGAAUCUGCCCUGAGACAACUUCCAGGCCUGACCUAUUUAGACUUAUCCUUCAAUCAGCUUACUGUCAUAUCCAGGGAUGUCUUCCUCAACUGGCCUCUCCUCAACACUCCGGAGAGAAAAGAAGGUACAGAGCCCAGCAGUGGAGAGACCAACGUUGUUUUAGCGCUGCACGACAACCCUUGGCUGUGUGACUGCCGCCUCAAAGGUUUCGUAGAGUUUAUCAAAAGUGUUAGUCCGCCUCUAAUUCUGAUGAACUCGUACCUGAUGUGCACUGGCCCCAGUUCCAGAGCGGGAAAGUUCUUCCACGAAGUCGGUUUGAAAACAUGUAUGAAGCCCGAGGCCUCAGCCUCAGAAAGCAACAUGACGGUGUCACUGGGGGACAAGGUAACCCUCCGGUGCUUAGUCAAAGCCAGGCCUGACCCCGCCAUCCACUGGUCAUACAGCCUGAAGAUUAUACGGGGAUUUACUGUCUCAGAGACCCGUGUGGACGAUGAGACCAUCAGAUCUCAGCUGGUCAUCCCAUCCCUUCACCUGGCGGACCGAGGCGCUUACACCUGCUUCGCCAACAACUUCAUAGGCAACUCCUCCGUCAGUGUCCUGGUCAACAUCAAGUCUUUCAACGCCUCCUCCUCCUCCGUUGGUGCCGCCAUGUCUCUACCCCCGUUCCCCCUGGCCUCAGCCGACGAGAACGUCUACAUUGACAUCCGCAUCUCCAAGCAGACGGUCUACGGCAUCACUCUGGAGUGGUACGCUGCGACGGACAACCCUGCAGAGACCUGGUUCACCAUCCACUUGGGGAAAUACCACUCUGACAAAAAGGAGUUGACAUACAUCGGGCCGGGCAUCAACACCUAUUCGGUCAACGACCUCCUACCGGUUACUAAAUACGAGGUGUGUGUAACGCUGAAGAACCAGAUGCCCCGCGCCGGUCAGUGCAUCGUGUUUGUAACAGGAAGUGACAUCAGUCAGCUGGAACAACGGGAGAAGCUCAUCCAUAUUAUCGUGAUCGUGUGCGCCAUGGUGCUGGCGGUGCCCGUGGGGAUGUACGCCUGCACCACCGACACCAGAUGUACGUUCAGCUACCUGGACCGCUGUACGGAGCAGUGUAAGAGGAGGAGGAGGCAAGAGAAGACCCUGAGGACCAAUGGGGAGAGACAGGGGACCUUCGACAGCCUCCAAGCCGCCAGCGAUGAAGGACUCUGUGGAGACUCUGAAGAGGUGAUGAAGAAGAGGAGUAAGUCCUCAGAUGAAAAAAACAACCACAGGGGAAAAGCACAAGAUCUACCAGAGACAACCACUGGAGCAAAGCUAUAUUAGCUGUAGGUUUAAAGUUUUAAAAUAUCUACUAGAGACAACCACUGGAGACAAUGCUAUAUUCGCUGUUUUUUUAUUUCACCUUUAUUUAACCAGGUAGGCCAGCUGAGAACAAGUUCUCAUUUAUAACUGCGACCUGGCCAAGAUAAAGCAAAGCAGUGCGACAGGUUUAAAGUUUUCAAAAAAAUAUCCACUAGAGACAACCACUAGAGACAAUGCUAUAUUAGCUGUAGGUUUAACAUUUUAAAAUAUCCACUAGAGACAACCACUAGAGACAACCACUAGAGACAACCACUAGAGACAACCACUAGAGACAAUGCUAUAUUAGCUGUAGGUUUAACAUUUUAAAAUAUCCACUAGAGACAACCACUAGAGACAACCACUAGAGACAACCACUAGAGACAACCACUAGAGACAACCACUAGAGACAACCACUGGAGACAACCACUAGAGACUACCACUAGAGACUACCACUAGAGACAACCACUAGAGACAACCACUGGAGACAACCACUAGAGACAACCACUGGAGACAACCACUAGAGACAACCACUGGAGACAACCACUAGAGACAACCACUGGAGACAACCACUAGAGACAACCACUAGAGACAACCACUAGAGACAACCACUAGAGACAACCACUAGAGACAACCACUAGAGACUACCACUAGAGACAACCACUAGAGACAACCACUGGAGACAACCACUGGAGACAACCACUAGAGACAACCACUAGAGACAACCACUAGAGACAACCACUAGAGACAACCACUGGAGACAACCACUAGAGACAACCACUAGAGACAACCACUGGAGACAACCACUGGAGACAACCACUAGAGACAACCACUAGAGACAACCACUAGAGACAACCACUAGAGACAACCACUAGAGACUACCACUAGAGACUACCACUAGAGACAACCACUAGAGACAACCACUAGAGACAACCACUGGAGACAACCACUAGAGACAACCACUAGAGACAACCACUAGAGACAACCACUAGAGACAACCACUAGAGACAACCACUGGAGACAACCACUAGAGACAACCACU